CUCUUCGUUCUUCUAUCCAACCUCCCUAUCUGAAAACCCCGGUGCUUGGUUUGUGGCAAAAUGCUACUCAUCAACCGUACAUAAGCAAGACUUUUUUAUCGCUAUUUUAAACUUUAAGUUACUGUCAAAACAGCAACUUCUGUGUAGUUUAGUUCAUCCAGUUCCAGUUUAAGUUCUAGUUAUCAUCGAGGAGGGGGGCUUUUAACGUUGUCCGUUGUCAACCAGCGCAUCGUUUGCUGGGAGGAAGGAAACACACACAUAAAACGCAAACCAUUAACGUUAGCUAUAAUACUAUCCUUUCUGUCAUUUUUUUUUUUUUAAUUUGACUUGUAUCUUGCUACGUUACCUGCACCGACAUGGCUACUAAUCCUCCAGGACAAGCCUUUCCAAACAAGGCGCGGGUGGCGAUCCUGGCCGAGCUGGAGAAGGAGAGGAGACGGCUGAUGAGCACUCCCGGUGGCAGCAUCUCCCUGUCCAGACCUAGUCUGAAGGAUUUCAGGGACAACGCAGAACAGCAGCACAUCGCUGCCCAGCAGAAAGCCGCCCUGCAGCACGCGCACACACACUCCACAGGCUUCUUCAUCACUCAGGACUCCUCGUUUGGGAACCUCAUCCUCCCCGUCAUUCCACGCCUGGAGCCUGAGACUUCUUGACCUUUUUUUUUAUUUAUUUUUUUAACCUCUUGUUGUCCUCCUGCUGCCCGGUGUGAGAAGAAGCUUUCAAACAACACACAUGCACAUCAGACCCACAUCCGAUCGCUCCCGGUUUCUCUCUUUUAAGUCUGGGAUUAAUGGACAGUUGUUAGGCAGGUUGUUAACAAUCUCAGGGGGAGGGUGAAUCUGUCAUUUUUUACAUUUCCCAGACUAACAAGCUGGCUGCUGAAUUUAGGAAAGCUUUUCAGCAGCAGUCGGAAGAAGGUUCCAGGUAGCUGUGAAACAUCAUGUGGAGGAGUACAAGGGCUGAAAACAAACUCUACAGAAAGAAAUGCUGUCCCGCUCUGUUGCCUUUUACUGCACUGAUCCAUAAAAUGAACAUUUUGUCAAGGUUUUUACAUUCAUGGAUUAGUAUCCAUAUUUGGAUAAUAAAAUUGUCACACAAUUGUAUAUAUAUUGAAUUGAACUUUUUUUUUUUUUUUUUUUUUUAAAUGGGGCAGAUGGUCUAAAUGCAUAGUCCAUGGCUAUGUUCGCAUUGUAGGGUUUUAUGGUCAGUCCUGAUUGUUUUGUCUCACUGAUCUUUGUGCCUCAGCUGUUCACAUCCAUGUUUUAAAGUGAUCCAUAUUAAAAAGGGGGGGAAAAAAACAUUCCUUCAUCCAUGGGUAGGGUGUUACCUGAGGAAGGCAAGUGUGCCGAUACACGUUGGUGUCUUUAGCCACUUGGAUGUCUGAAAUUAGUUUUUUUUUUUUUUUUUUUUUUUUUUAAUGCCACGCAGUGCCCAUGGACAAAGGCAUAUUUUCCUUUCUAAAAUGAGGAAGACUUGCUUACCUUCAUAAUGCUCACUGUUUUUAGUGUUUAUUGUAAAACAUUGGUCAGCAGCACACAAAUCAACACAAUUACCAUUAUAUUACCAUGCAUAAAAAAUACAUGAAGUUACUGAACCUUUAAUACUUGAAACCCCGUUAUCGAUCAGACUAUUUAACAUUAAAGGCAGAGCCACGUGAUUAUAAAGUGGUUUCAGUGACCACCACAGAAUUAACCAAUUACUCAUUGUUUAUCAUUUUUAUUGUUUUGUUCAAAAGCUGGAACUUGGUUAUAAUGAACUCUGAGCCGCCGUGACUGUCCCGGAGAAUCUAAGAGCAAGAGGCUUUCCAAGGCUCCAAGGCUUUCACAAUUUUGCACGGAUGUUUCAUAACCAUACAAGGAGAAAUCCUUUGAACAGAAGGCACAGAGUCUUCUUUCUACAACCACAGUAGCAGAAAUGUGGCAAGAAUGUAAUGCAGCCACAUGGUGAUCAGAAGAACACAAGAUUGGGAAAAGGACAACAACCUUGCAAUAUAAACCCUGGAAAAUGUUGACGACCACUGACUUAGACGGUGCGGUAUCUAACAGUAGAGUAAGAGAAUCCAAUGCUUUCUUUUUAUAUGUAGGCUACAAGCAGGG